AGUCGAGAGCCCGGGUCCAGCACCUCGUGCUGUCAGAGGCCCUGCCCCCACAGGAUGAGGGGAGGAUUUAGCCGCCCCACCCUUGCAGCAAGAGUCCCCAAAACAAGGAACCUCUAUCCCUGUGCCCCCAAGCUUAGGGACCCUGCCCCACAGGCUGGCCGGGCCGGGAGAGGAUCCAGCCCAUUUCACCCCCAACGGUCGCUUCUCUAGUCUGGAGGGAGCCAGCGCCCAUCAAACGUGGGGAGAGGAGCCAGGGUCCUUUCUCUGUGGGACACGCUCUGAACCAGGGGAACAAGAGCACGUGCAGCAAUGAGCCAACCCCUCCUGCCUGCCAGUAGAGCUAUUGCCAGGACAGCCUACGCUCGGCAGCAAACAAGCUCUGGCAUGGAUAUUUGCUGACUCGAUGAAUUUUUAGUAAAUAUUGGAGAAUACCCAGAGGAAAGGAAUUAUGAAUUCAUAGAACACAGAAAGUCUGCUUAUAAGAAAAACACACAUCUAGAUGCAAUGGGUGAGUCAGAGAAAAAGCGCCUGAUUGAACUGAACAUGACGAGGGACUCCUUGUGUAUGGUGGAAGGAAAAGGUGACUCAACCUGGCUCAGACCUCAGAGGAGACACUUCCCUCAAAGUAAUAGAAGUUCACUAGAGAACUAUAGAGAAAAAGAGCCUGAGCCAGAUACUGGCAGGAGCUCCUGGACAGCACUCACUCCUCCUCAUCACAAGGAGAGGAGGCACUUUCCAGAAAGAAGAUUCCUUCUGAGAUGUUGCCUUCACUUACCCUUCACUAAGCCUCAGAGACUGCUGUCAUGCAUGCCACCAGACUGCUGACAAUCUCCUUGGCAGAUAAUGCCAUUUUUGGCUGAAGCACCACUUAAAAGCUGCCUGUUUGAGCUUGGGGACAUUUCACAAAACAAGGAGAAAUCAGAUGUUACAAGGCUGCUUUUAAAAUGAGUUUGGAUAUCCAACACAGCUAGCUAAGAUGUUUCAACAAUAGCUCACUUCCCAAUUAAACUCAUUUUUAACAUUCAAA